UGGAAGCUAAUAUUUUUAGCUGCUGUCAUGUUGUAAAACGUCUUAUUCUGAUUACUUGUGACAGCUUUCAUUCCUGAAAACCAAAUCGCACGAUGUUUGAGGUGAGGGUUUCUGAUCUGACAUAGAAGAACAAUGCAACUUCACAGGAGCUUGUCAUCUACGCGAAACGUGGGAAAAAGCGUUUCAUCCCAGGUGGGGUAAAGAGGAAUCUGAGAUUUUGUUGCACUGAGGGAGUCUGUGACUUUGGAUGUAAGAGGUGUAAUCUUCAGACCAAAAUGCCACAGCUGCUGUGAUGGGUCUCAUGGCUGCGCAGAGAAGCUCACAUCCACAUGAACUCUGCUGAGGAGCCUGACCUUUCCUGUGUUUGUUGAAGGAGGAAUGGACAUGCAAAAAAAAAAAAAUCCUUUCUCCAUUUAAGAAUGUGAUAAAUUCCUCGAACACAGCAGGACCAUGAAAGCCUGGACGAGAACACAAGCAGGGGUUAAGUUGCAGCACUACAGUACACCACUUCAUGGAACAAACGUGUGUGACAGCGGAUCUGACAAAGCUGACUUAUCAUCCAAUCUACAGAUUUAUACUCGAGAUGAAAACCUCGAUGAGAAACAAAGCAUAUCUUUUCCAGUGGAAUCAGAAUUGCAUCAUAAUGACAAAUCCGAAGCAACACCACCUUGGCAGUCUAAUUCUGCUGAAUCCAAGCCCGAGAUCUCUCAUGGCGUCAAGAUGGAAUCCAUGAAGGUGAAAGAGCAAACACUCCAUGUGACAGUCAAGCUGCAAGAGGAGGAACAAGAGGAAAAAAUCAGCAGUUUAAUCAGCUCUGAUGGCGACCCUGCUGGUUCUGAUAACGCUGCUGGCUCCCAGGUGAAUGUGUCAUUGUCUCAGGGACAAGAUCACAACCAGAGGGAUCGCAGCAGUCCCACACUCUUCAUGGAGGUCGUGUCUGAUGGAGAAGGAGAGAGAAAAGACGACGAGAAAGAGAGCAUCGUAAAGAUAGCGAUGGUUUCACCCCUGCGCUCAGGAAAAAGACUUAGAAGACAGGUGAAGGUUCCACAUGUGACUGUGGUGUCACAGGAAGAUGUUCCUGCUGGUCCUGUCAAGAGAAGGGGCAGAAGAAAGAUUUUGCGUACUCCAGUGCUGUCUGAAAACCAACAGGAAGAACCCAGAGCAUUAAGACGCACCCAAAGAACCAGGUCUGUACCAACCACAGCAGAAACAAAUGCAUCAAACUACAAAACUGCCUGUCAAGAUACUGCAAAGCAAUCUUGCAGAACCAGAAGAGAUGCCAAACCCCCUGAUGGAGGAGAAAGCACAGCUGUUUCAACUGCUUCUGUGAAGAAGCGUGCUGGCCGAAAGGCAACUUUUAUACCAAUAGAAAUACCCCCUGAGCUCUUGAAUAAGCCCAAAGAGAAGAUUGACUACCACUGUUCAGUGUGUGGAAAAGAAUUCCCACAUGCGUACAAGCUGGAGCGGCAUGAACUGAUCCACACGGGAGAGAAACCUUACCGCUGUUCCAUCUGUGGCAGGGGAUUCAACCAGAAAGGAAAUCUCAAAACACACUUCAAGGUUCACUAUGGGCGAAAAGGUGUUGAAGAUUGGGACAGAGAGAUGAAUCCCAUAGCUUCACGUCUGUCGGAGUACUUGAAAUCACUGCCAGGGGAGUCAAAGAUUAGGUCGUCUCUCCAUUGCCCAGAAUGUGGGAAAGACUGCGAAAGUGUACUGGCUUUACGAGAACACUCCAUUACUACACAUCCACAGACGACCCCUAAAUCAGACACAGUCAAGGACAAUUCAUCACAGCUUCAUUUCUGCCACCACUGUGGCAUUCAGGUAAAUGACAAAAAACAUCUGGAGAAACAUAUGAAAAGCCACCAAAAGGAGAAACCAUACUCCUGCCCCGACUGCGGUAAGUGCUUCAUCAACGAGAGCUACAUACAAGUUCACCAGCGUAUCCACACUGGAGAGAAACCUUUCCUCUGCUCCCACUGUGGUAAAGGCUUUCAUACGGCUUCUGCUCUAAAACUGCAUGAGAUGCAGCACUCUGGGGAGAGACCAUUUGCAUGUACCAUCUGCGGAAAGAGCUUUCGGAUAAACUCGUACCUCACAGCACAUUAUCUUACCCACAUUAAAGAAAGACCUUACAUUUGUAGGGUCUGUGGGAAAGGCUAUUCUCGAGCUGAGGAGUUAAAGGUUCACCAGAGGCUUCACACUGGGGAGAGACCAUACCAGUGUGCCGUGUGUGGGAAGAGCUUCAUUUAUAGGCAGGGUCUGAGACAGCAUCAGGGCACGCACGCUGGACGGCGCAUAGGGCCAACCAGACAGCUUGGACGACCGAAACAACAGCCGAGACUGGAGAUCUAACAGUUCUUCCACAUGCAGUUGUCUCCUGGUAUCUCAUCCUCACACACACAGCAGAGACAUUUACAUUGUACAAACAUUUCUGUGACCACAUUACUUUGCCAAGAACAUGUCGUACCUGUAAUUUGUAUCUGAGAUAUAAUCACUCCUGUCCAGUAUCCUGUCUGUACAAUUUGAGUGCCUUUGUAUCCUGCAUGCCACAUAACGAUCAUGUUUAACGCACAAAUCGUUGUUCAGAAAAUAAAGAAAUUUCAUUUUU